AUGGCUGCCGAACCUUCAAUUCCCACGCUAGGCAACAGAAAUGCUGCAUCUCUGAACGUGGAGAGCCUGGCGACCAGACUGCCUGAGAUAGGCUCCUUAAAGCCCCCUUUUGGUCAAAACAAUUUGCCCUGGAUUCAAUGGCAAGACAUCUGCACUGACGCCGACUCCUCGGCUGACCAGUUGCGAGCAUGGAUGGUUUAUUUGGUCUAUUUGAGAGAGGCUAUACACUGGGAUGCCGAUGACCACCAAGAGAUGAGACAGUAUUUGGCCGUCAGACGACUAUACCGGUUGAAGGGCCUGAACCGCCUUGCCCCGAGCCGGACUUUGCAGUACUGCGCUGCUAACACAAGGGAAGAGAACUACACUUUGUCUAUUGGUCAUUUACUAAAGACACUCUAUCCUACGCAUCCAGUUGUUGAAUUCUGGGCGCUUCACCGUCGUGUUUACCCUGGAGUUCCCGCAGGUGUAUCGCGUUCAAAAGCCCCAGUUGAGACAACAGCAACAAAGCCAAUAGAAUUGGGAUUUGGUGGCCUCGAUUCUGAGGCUAGCCUGGCUUCGAGAUCUCAACAUAUCGGAAUAGAUUCGUACCUCAAUGAAAUCCCGACCCAUCUCACGAGCGAGCAAACUGCUUUCUGCAUUUCAGGUUCUACCCCGAUUUCAAUGAACUCAGACCAACACGUUCAAGACUCCAACCAAUUGACCUGUAGUAUGAUAUGGAGGAUUGGCGAUGAAGAGAGAACAACCGACAUCCAAGUUUCGGAUGUGACGAUGACUGGGACUAAUCACGUCAUUGUCCCAUCGUCUCUAUCUUCCCAAACCCAUCACCGAUAUGAAACCUUCCCGAGCUCAGAAUGUCACUGCCCCGCAAGAGUAUUCGGAAAACCUGCAGAACUGUCACAGAAUGCAUCAAUUGAAUGUGGUUUAUCCACUUCAAUCCUUGAGAAGCAACCAUACUCCAACAACACCAGGGUUGAGAAUCGCCAGACCAAAAGAAGCACUGAAACUCACGGAAGUGUUUCUAAUCAUUCCGCCAGGCCGGGUCUCACCUCUGACAACCUAGUCACAUCGCCUUCCAAGUGCCUGACAGAUCACCCCGCUGCAACAGCAGAAACAGUAGGAGUCAUUACCUUACCAGUGGGAACGGGGAGCCGGCCAACCUGGAUCAAGCAAGUCUGA